UCGCACGCAUUGUUCUCUGUUCGUCUAGAAUAAACAACCACUCUCCAAGCUCCUUUAUUGUAUCACAUUUAAAUCUUAACACCGUAUAUUGGACAUCUCUUUUGUAAUUAAAAUUUUCCCAUUUGACGUGCCUUCUUGGCCACAUUUAUUUAAAAGAAAAGAAUUGCUAUUUUAAUUAUUGGCCCAUUGAACGACGACAGUAGGUAUCGUUCGAUAUCUCGGCAGAAAAUGUUAAGCCAAUUUGUGAUCCUGCUCUGCGCAACGUCCGCCGUUUUCAGUGACCGCCUGGGUUCAUGUGGAUUACUCAAUGAAGCUGAUAAGGGCAACGAACUGCAGUCGGAGGAGAGAUGCAACUUGCCACCCGUUAAACCCGACUCGUUCAUUUGUUCGCUAACCAUAAUUCCAUCGUGGACUUUCAACUCCAAGACCGGAGAGUGUCAGAGCUAUGCGUAUGGAGGAUGCGGCAAAACGUCCAACCUUUUUACCUCCCUGGAAGAAUGCAAAACAACCUGCCUGAAAGAGAAGGAAAGCCUUUCAAAUUCUCCUAUCAUUCUUCGUCAAAACGCUACGGCGAAAUCUGGCCGGGGAGUGUGUCGCUAUCGUGAUGUUACCUACAUUAUAGGUCAAGAAAUUUUACAAAUCAACCAAGACGAUGCAUGUAAAACGGACUGCAAAUGUGAGGCGAGUGAUAACCAUGAACAACUUUUUAGUAAAGGAGGAGCCACUAUCAAAUGUAACCAAAUCUCUUGCGACGAACCUCUCCCUCCGCCAGAAGAAGGCUGUGUUGUAGUCACGUUACCCCGAGCUUGUUGUCCGUCCAUCAAAUGUCCUGAACGAAAUUUAGUUGGUGUGGGUCCUUCGGAUGACAUUUGCGUCUUUAACGGUAAAGGUUACCUGAAAGGACAAUUGAUUCCUACCGGCGAGGUUUGCAGAAAGUGUACCUGCGUUGAAGGAUUUUACGGUUUGUAUGGCCCUGGUUGUCAGGAAGUGCAUUGCAUAUUAGACGAUCGCAUUGGAUGCAACCCCGUUUACACUCCUGGAGUUUGUUGCCCAACCAGUUACAAGUGCAAUUCACCUAUAACAAAAGUUUUCCCUCAAAUAAAAUCAGAUCUUUCCCGCAUAAAGUGGGGUCAUGGAAUUAACAGUAGAAUCCAACUCUUCAAAUCUCUUCAUGGACGCGAUAUGAUGAUCGAAGCAGACGUUUCCGUGGGUACGAUUGCAGGUGGCGACGCGACAGUUACGACAAUCAUGGCUCAUCCACCUUUGAACACAUCGGAUUUGAGCCUAGAAGAAUUCCUAGAUACUAUUCUCGAUAGCAAUACAACUAAAGGAAUCAAACUUGACUUUAAGGAUUUGGAAGUAGUCGAACCAUCCUUAAUCGCCAUCAAAUCACGGGCCAGCAAAAUCAUCGGACCUCUGUGGUUAAACGCGGACAUCCUACCAGGACCGGUGAACGCUUCCACGAAACCAGUUGAGGCAUUGCGGUUUCUCAGUCUAGCAAAAAAUUAUUUUCCCGAAGCAGUCCUCUCUGUUGGCUGGACUACUAGGUUUGGACCGCAAAUGGCUUGGCCUUUGCAAAUCAUCAACGAGGGAUCGUACACCUUGGAGCACGUGGCUCAGAUGCGGGACGCUCUAAAAGCGGCCCAAAUUCGCCAGCCAGUUUCCUUUCCAGUUCGGGCGGGAUUAUUAACUUCACCAGAAUCUCAGAAAAACAUACUGUGGUUACUCGAAGAGAUCGAAGAUAGUUCUCUGACCAUUUGGAGUUCCCAGUAUGAUACAGUGGAUGUGCCCGCAUUAAUGAAGCUCGUGAAUCGUAUUGGAAAAGAGAAUAUUUACAUUGACGUUCCUAGUGGAUUGAACUGCGAGAUCCAACAUUACGACGAGCAGCACUACUAAACUUCCAUUAGGUUUUCCAACUAUUUUAAAUUUUACGAGUAGUAAUUUACCAAGUAAUAGGUGAUAGAUGACGCGAUGAACCAUCUCGCGUUAGCAGAUAGGACAUGUGAUGAAACAUUUUUCGAUUUCAGCUUUCACGAUAUACUCCGACAUAUCAGUGUACUCAAUACAAGUGCAAUUUUAAUUUUUGAAACCCUGAAAAAUAUAUAUAUGCCUUUCAUGUCAA